UCGUCGCCCUUUGAUCCCGUCUCGUGAGCAAAAGCUACUGAAUAUUGGAGUCGAGUCCAGCCGCGGCACAGCUAAGGGCAGAUAAAAUAGGAACGAGGACCCAGUUCUCCACCCCACUCGACUGUUCCCUACCUAACCAACUUUCUCAAUUUGAGGGACCUGUUCUACUGAGAGCCUCAUCCAAUUGACCUCCACCUUCCCCAGAGCCUUUCGCAACCUCACGCGUGGGCCUCAUUGAGAGUUGAUAGCAACAUCAAUUGCAAUCCUCGCCUUCUAUACUCGUGACGAGCUCUCUCCGUUGUCUUCGAGUCGAUCCAACGCCAAUUCCUCCUCUUUGCGCACUCGCUGUCUCUCCCUCCCUUGAGGUAGACAAGAACAACAAGGACAAGAACAACAAGGAAAACAACACACAACACACGUCUCCCAGCUCGACGCGUCUUCUCGCAGGAUUAUGGACGGCCCUCAAUACCCGACCAAUGGUGUAAACACAUCAGCGGCUCAAACCUACCCGUCACCCACGGCCAUCUCGCCUCACCAGCUUCAAACUGGUUCUCCUCUGCCGCAGACGCUCCCGCCUCUGCAGCCCCAUACCGUGGCCAUGCAGCCUCUCUACGGCAGCCACCCGCACACACCGCGAACUCCGGGCACUCCAAACACUCCAAACCAGAGCCUGCCCAGCUACCAGCAGCAGACCUCGCAGCCCGGCCACCGUCCUGGUAUCUACUCCAUGGCUCAGAACCCAUACCCUCACCAGGGCUAUGCCACCUCUGCUGGUAUGAUGCCUCAAGCUACUACUGCAGUCUCGCACCCGCAGCCCAUCGCUCCCGCGCCGUCUGGUGGUCGCGGACCUCCGGUUCUGCGCCCCAUGCCCCCGGGUGGCAUCAUGCCCCAGCCCGGUGUAGCCUCUCCCUAUGGACCUGGUUCUCUCAUGCAGCCCAACUCCAUGCUUCAAGAUGGUGACCAGCCUACCCACGUUGUUGGAUCUCAGGGCCGCCGAGGAAUUCUGCCUAGUGCUCCUGGACGCCCUGCUGCCCAGGCUGCUGGAACUGGCGCUAAGAACACCGUUAUCCCCGUCAAGGAUGCUGAUGGAAAGUUCCCGUGCCCUCACUGCACCAAGACUUACCUCCAUGCCAAGCACUUGAAGCGCCACCUCCUGCGCCACACUGGUGACCGCCCCUACAUGUGUGUUCUCUGCCGGGACACAUUCUCUCGAAGCGACAUUCUCAAGCGUCACUUCCAGAAGUGCUCUAUUCGCCGUGGUAACCCCACCGGUGCCAGCCACCUGUCCCACCCGCAGGCUCAUGUCAAGAAGAAUGCUCAGGCUCAGCAGAAGGCAGCUCUUGAGAACGGAGGAGAUUUGAACCACUUGAAUGGAUUGGGUAACAUGGGUGGGAACAACAUUGUUCAUCCCUUUGGUAUUGUUCCCGUUCAGGAUGGCAUGAAUGGCAUGGGUGGUGACCAGAGCCAACUCUCCAGGUCGAGCAGCAUGGGUAGACUUGAUAAUGAUGCGGACCGGAGGAACAUGACUGGGCCUGUAAUGGGCGCCUCGCAGCAAUAUGCGGGCGACGUUUCUAGCACCAUGACCAAUCAACAGAUGCCAAACUACAGUAUGCCCCCUGGUCAGAAUGGUAUUCCCAUGUACGGCGGUUCCAACCCGAACCAACAGCCUGGCCUUGACUGGUCUCAGGUCUUCCAGCCCGACGCAGACCGACAUCAAGGCCGAGCCUAAUAUGGCCGGUUAGAGACCACAGCCG